UGGAGGGCAGCAGAGAACCUUUGUUGAAUUUAAGAUACCACGUGACCAAGUAGGCCUCAAAGCAGGAGGCACGUGUUUACACAGUACCAUGGAGGCCCUGUGCUCUCACCAUGCAUCUCACUGAGCUUUUGGUUGUCAGUCUGUGUGAGCUAACUAAAUAAUUAAAGAAUCCAUAGGAGCGUAUCAUUCACCAUGGACAAGAGUCCUGGUCUCCCAGGAUGUAGCUACCUGAAUCCAGAGAGGACGCUCGGAGAGAUCCGGAUCAACUUGCUGGAGUGCAAAGUCUGCUUUGAGCCAUUUAAUUCUGAGCAGAGAGGAAGAAGACCGCAAAACCUUUGCUGUGGCCAUGUUCUCUGCCUGGAAUGCAUCACGGCUUUGUCCCACCCUCUUCUAGGGAAGCUGGAGUGCCCAUUCUGUCGACAGCUGUGCAGUGUUGACAGCACAUCUCCAUGCCAGGCUCUUAAUGACUUGCAAGAGCUUGUAUUGCCAUGGAGGCCUUCUUCCCCCGAUCGUCCUCACAGAACCUCUAGUCUGACUCGCGCAGCUCUGCAGCUGCAAACUUCUUUUGGGGGAUGGGGGACUCUGAUCAACCCCACUGGAAUUGCUGCUUUGGGGUCUUCUGGGACAUUAGUUAUUGUCCACGAUGGAGAGAAAAGGGUGGUGGUUUUCAGCACACUGGGAAGGAAACUGCACAGUUUUGGGAAAAGAGGAAAAGCCGUGGGAGAAAUCUGUUUCCCAAUGGAUGUGGCGGUGACUCCUGCUGGCUGCGUUGUAGUGACAGAUCCAGGAGACAGAGCUGUCAAGGUUUUCACCUCCAGGGGGGAUCAUUUAAUAACAAUCAAGGACUCCUUCCAGUUGCCCUGGGGUGUAGACAUACACAUCUCUGGGCACCUCCUAGUCUCAGACGCUCAGGCUGGAGUACUGACCAGGAUGAAAGUGGACUACAGUCAACGUGUCAUUGUAGAGUGUCAUAAAGCCAUCUCAGAUCUUCAGUGUCCCAGAGCGGUGGCAUGUUGUCGGCUGACUGGAAACACGGCGGUGAUGGAGCACCCAACUGACGUCCCACAUCCCGCAGAGGGACGCCCAUACAGACGGCUGAGAGUAUUUACAAAAGACUUCCACCUCAUUUACCAGACGGACAGUUUCAGCCUGACUCUGCAGUCAACAGUACAGCUGAACAUGUCAGCUUUGAGCUUUGAUAGAGAUGGAGCUGUAAUAGUGACAGAUCCUUAUCAGGGGUUUAUUUGGAGUUUAGGGAAGCUUGAAAAUGGCCCAGUUCUAACUCCUAUUGUUGGUAAUCAUCUUAUCAGACCUGUUAGUUUGGUGUUACUAAAUGACAUGCUCAUCACUCUGGAUGGUGGUGACCACACAGUCAAGAUUUUCUCUAAUAAACCUGAAUAAAGCAUAUGCUUACAAAACAUGUUAGAUCUGAACCCAGACCCAUUUUUCAUUAGAGCAAUACUAUGCGGGAUCUACUGUACCACUGACCAAGUGGAUCUCAGAACACAUUUCUGAUGUCUUUCUCUUACACAUGUCGCCAUUGGUUCUUAUUAGUUAAAUUGAUGAUUUGUCAAAAUUUGGAUAGAUUUUUCCCGGAUGAGAUUUGUCCAGUAUCUUUGUAGUUCGUGCAUUUGUUAUAACUUUAAGCUUAAAAAGACCUCCACCACUGGGAAAUAAGUAAUAUUUGUAAGGCAUUAAAGGGAGUCAUCAGUAUUAUAUGCCAAACAUGACAGUGUUGGGUGUGUGGAUGUAGUUAGCUAGGAAUGUAUGCAGUUUUUUGAAUUCUAAACCGUUAUAAAAUGUAUGCAGAAAUAAAAAUUAUUCCCACUCCAAUCCUCUUUAGAUCUAUUGUAAAA